GGGAAGCCAAGGCUGCGCGUGUCCAGCCACCGCGCGGGGAGCGCCCGGUGGAGGGGGCCGGCAGGCGGAUAGUGGCUGCGGGGCGGCCGGGGAGCAUGCCCGUGCAGCCCCGUUGAAUGGCGCCUUCCCUGAGACCCCUCGCCCGGCCACGGCCGCCAGGGAUGCUGCUCGGCGCGCUCCUGCUCCUGCUGCUCCUCGGCUCCGUUCCAGGAGUAUGGUGCUUUAGCGAACUGUUUUUUAUAAAAGAACCACAGGAUAUUACUGUCUCAAGAAAGGAAGCAGUCGUUUUAGAUUGCCAGGCUCAUGGAGAAGUUCCUGUUAAGGUCACUUGGUUGAAAAAUGGAGCAAAAGUGUCUGAAAAUAAGCGGAUCCAGGUUCUGUCCAACGGCUCUUUAUACAUCAGUGAGGUGGAAGGCAAGCGAGGAGAGCAGUCUGAUGAAGGAUUUUAUCAGUGCUUGGCCAUGAACAAAUAUGGAGCCAUUCUUAGUCAGAAAGCUCAUCUCACCUUAUCAACUAUUUCUGCAUUUGAAGUUCAGCCCAUUUCUGUUGAGGUCCAGGAAGGUGGAGUUGCUAGAUUUGCAUGCAAGAUUUCAUCAAACCCUCCUCCAGUCAUAACAUGGGAGCUAAAUCGGACAGCUCUGCCUAUAACCAUGGACAGGGUAACUGCCCUACCAACAGGAGUAUUGCAGAUCUAUGAUGUUCACCAAAGGGAUGUGGGAAAUUAUCGUUGUGUUGCUGCUACUGUAGCCCACAGACGUAAAAGUAUGGAGGCUUCUCUCACAGUGAUUCCAGGUAAGGAGUCUAAAUCCUUCGACAUACCAACCAUUAUAGCAGGUCCACAGAACAUAACUACGUCCCUUCAUCAGACUGUUGUUUUAGAAUGCGUGGCCACUGGAAAUCCCAAACCAAUCAUUUCUUGGAGCCGUCUUGAUCACAAGUCCAUUGAUGUCUUUAAUACCCGGGUACUUGGAAAUGGUAAUCUCAUGAUAUCUGACAUCAGGCUACAACAUGCUGGAGUAUAUGUUUGUCGGGCCACGACCCCCGGGACACGCAACUUUACGGUUGCCAUGGCAACUUUAACUGUCUUAGCUCCUCCUUCAUUUGUCGAAUGGCCGGAAAGUUUGACGCGGCCUCGAGCUGGCACUGCUCGAUUUGUAUGUCAGGCAGAAGGAAUCCCCUCACCGAAAAUGUCGUGGUUGAAAAACGGAAGGAAGAUACAUUCAAACGGGAGAAUUAAAAUGUACAACAGUAAAUUGGUAAUUAAUCAGAUCAUCCCUGAAGAUGAUGCUAUUUAUCAGUGCAUGGCUGAGAACAGCCAAGGUUCUGUUUUAUCUAGAGCCAGACUGACUGUAGUAAUGUCAGAAGACAGGCCCAGUGCUCCCUAUAAUGUGCAUGCUGAAACCAUGUCAAGUUCAGCCAUCCUUUUAGCUUGGGACAGGCCACUUUAUAAUUCAGACAAAGUCAUCGCUUAUUCUGUGCACUACAUGAAAGCAGAAGGUUUAAAUAAUGAAGAAUAUCAAGUAGUCAUUGGAAAUGACACAACUCAUUAUAUUAUUGAUGUAGAACCUGCCAGCAAUUAUACUUUCUACAUUGUGGCAUAUAUGCCAAUGGGAGCCAGCCAGAUGUCUGACCACGUGACACAGAACACUUUAGAGGAUGUUCCCCUGAGACCUCCUGAAAUUAGUUUGACCAGUCGAAGCCCCACCGACAUUCUCAUCUCCUGGCUGCCCAUCCCAGCCAGGUACCGGCGGGGCCAGGUGGUACUCUACCGUCUGUCCUUCCGCCUGAGUACCGAGAAUUCCAUCCAAGUCCUGGAGCUCCCGGGGACCACACAUGAGCACCUCUUGGAGGGCCUGAAACCGGAUAGUGUUUACCUGGUGCGGAUUACAGCUGCCACCAGAGUGGGGCUGGGAGAGGCUUCAGUAUGGACCUCCCACAGGACACCCAAAGCUACAAGCCUAAGAGCCCCUAGGUCUCCAGAGUUACAUUUGGAGCCUCUGAACUGUACCACCAUUUCUGUGAAGUGGCAGCAAGACGCUGAGGACACAGCAACCAUUCAGGGCUAUAAGCUGUACUAUAAAGAAGAAGGGCAGCAGGAGAACGGACCCAUUUUCUUAGAUACCACUGACCUUCUCUACACUCUCAGUGGCUUAGACCCCAGAAGAAAAUACCACGUGAGGCUGCUGGCUUACAACAACAUCGAAGAUGGCUAUCAGGCAGAUCAGACAGUCAGUACUCCCGGAUGUGUGUCUGUUCGUGAUCGCAUGGUUCCUCCUCCACCACCACCCCACCAUCUCUAUGCGAAGGCUAACACUUCAUCUUCCAUCUUCCUGCACUGGAGGAGGCCUGCGUUCACCACUGCACAAAUCAUUAACUACACCAUCCGCUGUAACCCUGUUGGCCUACAGAAUGCUUCUUUGGUUCUCUACCUUCAAACGUCAGAAACUCACAUGUUGGUUCAAGGUCUAGAACCAAACACCAAAUAUGAAUUCGCUGUUCGAUUGCAUGUGGAUCAGCUUUCCAGUCCCUGGAGCCCUGUUGUCUACCACUCUACACUUCCAGAAGCCCCAGCAGGCCCACCAGUUGGAGUAAAAGUGACAUUGAUAGAAGAUGACACUGCUUUGGUUUCUUGGAAACCUCCUGAUGGGCCAGAGACGGUUGUGACACGUUACACUAUCUUGUAUGCAUCCAGGAAGGCCUGGAUUGCAGGAGAGUGGCAGGUCCUACACCGAGAAGGGGCGAUAACCAUGGCUUUACUAGAAAACCUGGUGGCAGGAAAUAUAUACAUUGUGAAGAUAUCUGCAUCCAAUGAGGUGGGAGAAGGACCCUUUUCAAAUUCUGUGGAGCUGGCAGUACUUCCAAAGGAAAGCCCUGAAUCAAAUCAGAGGCCCAAGCGUUUAGAUUCUGCUGAUGCCAAAGUUUAUUCAGGUUAUUACCAUCUGGACCAAAAAUCAAUGACUGGCAUUGCUGUAGGUGUUGGCAUAGCGUUGACCUGCAUCCUCAUCUGUGUCCUCAUCUUGAUAUACCGAAGUAAAGCCAGGAAAUCAUCUGCCUCCAAGACGGCACAGAAUGGAUCACAACAGUUACCUCGUACCAGUGCCUCCCUGGCCAGUGGGCAUGAGGUAGGAAAGAACCUGGAAAGAGCUGUAGAAAAUGAAGAGUCCUUAAUGCCAAUGAUCAUGCCAAACAGCUUCAUUGAUGCCAAGGGAGGAACUGACCUGAUAAUUAAUAGCUAUGGUCCUAUCAUUAAAAACAACCCUAAGAAAAAAUGGCUUUUUUUCCAAGAUCCUAAGAAGAUAAAAGCUGAGCAGCCUCAAAGAAGGUUCACUCAAGUGGUCUGCUUUUACCAGCCAGGGACUACGGUGUUAAUCAGUGAUGAAGACUCCCCCAGCUCCCCCGGUCAAACGGCCAGCUUCCCAAGACCCUUUGGUGUUGCAGCUGAUACUGAGCAUUCAGCAAAUAGCGAAGGCAGCCACGAAACUGGGGAUUCUGGAAGGUUCUCCCACGAGUCAAAUGAUGAAAUACACCUGUCCUCAGUUAUAAGUACCACACCCCUGACCCCCAAUUCCCUCACUGGCAGUGAUUCAGGUGGGGCUCCCUCAAUGAGAAAGUGUGAAGAGCCUGCAGUGUUGGCAGAGGCUGAGGACCCUUCCUCCUCAGUCCUGCAACUGCCAUCUGCCCCAGUCUGCUUUGACAAGAAGGAUUUUCCAAUCUAGACAGCCAUGUCCAGG